AUGGCCAAAGAUCAUUUUAUAUUCACGCAGUGCGUCUUGUAUUUUUUGGCGUUCGUGUUCGGUUUUAUCGCGGUUGUGCCGCUGUCUGAAAAUACUGAGGAUUUCGGGGGAAAAUGUCUGCUGUUUACGCGGGGUAUGUGGCAGAACGAGAACAUUACGGUCUCGAAGCAGCGCUUUAUAGUGGAGGAGUGGGGACCGCAAUCUUCCUGCAGCUUCAUCACAUUCGUUAGUGUAGCAUCACUGCUGCUGGCAGCUGUGCAGGCCUGGAGACUGCUCUUCUUCAUCUGCAAGGGCCAUGAUGACUCCAUUUUCAAUGGCUUCCUAAACCUGCUGAUCAGCUUGUUUGUCGUGUUUGCGGUAUUCCUGUCAAGCACUAUUGUGAGUGUGGGCUUCAACCUGUGGUGUGAUGCAAUUACAGAGGGGGGCAGCAUGCCUGGCAGCUGUGAGGAUUUACAGGAUACUGAUCUGGAACUUGGCUUAGACAACUCUGCCUUCUAUGACCAGUUUGCGAUUGCACAAUUUGGACUGUGGGCUGCUUGGAUGACUUGGUUAGGCAUCACAAUCAUGGCCUUCCUAAAAGUCUACUACAACUACAGACAGGAGGACCUGCUGGAUAGUCUGAUCCAUGAAAAGGAGUUCCUGCUCGGUCGUUCCUCACGCCGUUGCUCUGAUGUACCCAUCAAGAAAAGUGGCAUGAUCUGAUCGUCUUUGGGACAUCUCUAUAUCCUCCUUUUAAAUAGAGCAGUUACCAGCUGUCACAAUACACAUGCACUGAAUCAAGAAGUAUUAAAAGAGCUUAGAGAUUACCACAGCUUUUAUGGGCUAAAACUGUAUAGUAAAUAAGCUAUAUGGUAUGGCUGUAGUAUCUCUUUAGUGCUAUUAAAUUAUUGUGAACUUUAGAAUAAUAUAUAAAUAUGUUCUUUUUCUCUAGCUU